AUGUCGUGGAAUUCCAAGACCUGGGCGUGGGUGAAGAAGUACUUCUCUGUUAACCCUCUUUCGACCGAUGGUAUGCCCGUUGUUGGCAAGUACCGUACUCCUGCUGUUGGAUCGCGUCCCGAGAAAUACGUGUAUCCCAAGUCUGAGGCAUCCAACUUGAGCAACAACUACUACUUCCAACGUGAUGUUCGCAGAAACUAUCCUCGUCUUGCUGUCUACUCCCAGGACAAGGUUGCUGGUUUGCUCGAAGGUGCUUCCACCAAGGCCAGCAAUGCUGCCGAGGGUCAAGCCAUUCAAGCUGUUGAAGCAAAGCCUCUCACUGAAGUCCUUGCCAACCGCCAAUUGUACAACAAGCAACGUCUUGCUCCCACUCCCAACUGGGGCCGUAAGGUUGUGUGGAAGGAAUCCGAAGACUUUAUCCAUCCUGGCGAUCCCAACUUCCCCAUGCGUUGCUACACCACCGUUUAG